CCACAACUCCCCCACUGUGUUGUAUUUCUGGGAGCUUAGGAGUCCCUGAUGGGGAAGCUGCUUAAGGCUUAGGCUCCUAAGCAGGCAGCUGGUUACCAGGGAAGCUCUGGCUUCCAGGAAGAAAGGAAGCUGGGGGAGGGGGACACAUAUGUGUGUGUGUGUGCGUGUGUGUGUAGAACCACCGCCUGGAGGGUCUCCAAUGGCCCACCCAAACUUGAGGAGCACAGCCUUGGCUGUCCCUCCAUCCUGUGCUUUCUGCCCUGUGAUCUCUUUGACCUUUGAAAAUGCCCCUCACCCCUCCCUUCUGCAGCCAGACACCAUCAAAAGGAAGGUGCUUUUCUGGGAAGCUGAGGGAGAAGCCUGGAAGGUGAGGCACCCAGGGACGCCGCAGGAAGCGAGGAGGGGCCUCAGGGGCCGCCAGGGCCCAUCUUUCUUCCUGUUCCUCCCCGCUGCGCGGCUACCCUCUCCCCGGUAACCUGGAGGCUGGCAGGCACUGAAUAGCGGACUGCUGGCUGCCGCCCGACUGUACCAUUCAACGUCCAAGGGGGAAGGUGAGCGCCUGGGGCCGCAAAGGCAGUGAAACUCUCCCCCUGUGUCGCCCCAGCGCCUCCACCCCUGAGAGGGCUCCAAGGAGACAGGCUGGAGUGAGACCGUGGCAAGGCUCAGGAGCACCCGGGCUCCUCUGCACGGCUCGCCUCUCCCUCUUCCCAGCCCAGUUGCCAUCCCUACCCUCUUGGCUGUCCCCUCCCAAAAGGCAGGGCCCAAACUCUUCCAGACAAAGCCAGGUCUAGCUAGAGAGUGAGGGGAGACAGCCCAGUCUGCCCGGCCUGGCUGAGGGCUCAGGGCACGGCAGAGCCCAGGGAGGAUUGGGGUCCUGGGUGGCACCUGGUGCUUCUUGGGCCUCCCUUGGACAGCUGAGAAGACCUCUCCUCCCAGCUCGGAACUACUGAGGGCUGGCUCCGAGGAGCCAUGAGCACAGAGGGGCCCAGCCCCCUCGCCUUCCUCACAGCUCCCGUCACUCCGGGGAGCCCCACGGAGGCUGCUGACCUCCUCCCCGUGCUCUUUGCCCUGGCCUGCAUCUUCCUCCUGCUGACCACCUGUCUGCUGUUCAUGAUCCUCUGCAAGCCCACUGCACUGGACCCGAGCCGCCGCCAGGCUCGCGAGUGCAUGCCCCACCACCCUGGGAGCCCCAGCGAGCCCCAGCUCCGGCUCUGGAAGCGCCUGGGCUCCUUGCGCCGCUCCCUGCACAGCUUCCGGCGUGGCCGGCCCACUCCUCGACAUCCCCUGCCGGACUGUGAUGACAACCACGACUGUGACUGCACGGAAUCUACCAAGAUGUGAUGGGGUGUCCCUCCCAUCCAGGAUCCACCCUGGAUCCUCCUGCCUCAGACAGAGCCUGGCACCACAGACUGCAGGAGGACAGCAGCCCAAGCAACCUGGGCCACACGCCCACGCCCAGUGGUUCCCUGUGUAGCAGGCCCACGGCCUCUCCCAGAGGUGGCCCUGGAAGAAUACCUUCCUCUCUGCAGAACCUCUAGCUGUGGCUGCUGCAAGACUACUGGCCCAAUUACUGAGCACCUGCAGCUAUCCAGACCCUCAG